UUUUGCGCACAUCGCUUGUGAUGUUAUUUAGUCGGCUUUAUAUGUCCCUGUUAUAAGGUGACGGACAUAUUAUUUUAAAUAUUCGUGCGUACAACUUGUAGGCGGAACAGGUUGUCGCGCUAGUGACGUCAUGAGCUGCGCCGCCUGUACCGCUUCUGGUUGCCGUGGUAACCCGGGCCGACGGGGAGCUGUUGGCUGCUCAUUUGCGGGACCAUGAGCUUUGUGGAUGAGGAGGCCGAGGCGGUGUCCGUGGGGUCUGAGUGGAGGAGGUCGCAGGGGGCCCGCUGUGACUCCAGAAGCUGCCAGACAAAUCCUGUCACCAGUAAAGAGUCUUCUGUGCAGGUGCUUGAAGCCAGUGAGGCCGGGACACAGACCGAAUGGAACCAAGACCAGAGAAUUCUGGAUAUCGAGCUUGCGCCUCUUCUAGAUUACCCCGGUAUUGGGGAGUUUCUAAAACGUGUGGAGGAAGACAUGAUCCGAGAACUGAAGAAGAACUGGAGAAGUCACGCUUUUGAUGGCUUUGAAGUGACUUGGGAGGAACAGAAUCCCCAGGUGUCCUGCUUGCAUAGUCUGCAGUAUCCGGAUGCAGUUUCAGAGCAUCUUCAAGUCACCAGUGUAUCUUGGAACGCCACAGGAUCGGUCAUUGCUUGUUCCUAUGGCAGGUUAGGAGAUGGAGACUGGAGUACAGAAAAAUCCUACAUCUGCACAUGGAACCUGGACCGACGAGGCUUUAACCCCAACCACCCCGAUCUAGUCCUCGAUGUGCCCAGCUCAGUCAUGUGUUUGGCAUUUCAUCCCUCUAGACCGUCCCUUAUAGCCGGUGGUCUUUUCAAUGGGGAGGUUCUAGUCUGGGACACAAGUCGGACGGAUGACCCGCUCAUUGGAAGAACUGGGCUCUCAAUAGACAGCCACAUGGAUGCUGUCUACCAGGUUCGUUGGCUUCAAGAGGCCCCACAGUCUCACAGGUUGCAGGUUCAGAGUGUUUCUUCUGAUGGGAAGAUCUUAGUAUGGCAGAUGGAGAAGGAGGGACAGCUCACGCUGCACAAUGGAUUCGCUCUGGUUGCUCACCAAAUACCCAGUAACUCAAAGAUAAACAAGCACGGCCGAGGUGACACAGCCGUGGGGGUGACAUGCCUCUCCUCAUCACAUUUUGAUCCCAGCAUAUUCGUUGUUGGAGUAGAAGGUGGCUACCUGCUAAAGUGUUCAACUACAGUCCAGACAGCUGCCCUCACCAACAUGGCUUCCUCUGUUCCACUAAAGGCUCCGGCCCAGUUCACCUUUUCCCCCCAUGGAGGACCUGUCUAUUGUGUUGAUUGCUCACCUUUCCACAGGAAUCUCUUCUUGAGUGCAGGGACAGAUGGACACACUCACCUGUACUCCAUGCUUCAGGAGAAACCCCUCACCUCUCUGCAGCUCUCCCAGAAAUACCUCUUUAGCAUUCAGUGGUCUCCCGUGCGCCCUUUGGUUUUUGCAGCCGCUUCCGGAGAAGGAGAACUGCUGCUCUUUGACUUCGGAAAAAGCUCCCAGAGGCCAUCACUGACCGUAAAGCAGACGUCCAAUGAGAAGCCGGUUUACUGCCUGGAGUUCAAUAAAGUGCAGAUCCGACUCCUGGCAGCCGGGGACGCUACUGGUGUGGUGAAGAUAUGGCAGCUGAGUUCUGACUUCACCGAGCAAGGGGCCCGAGAGAUGAACCUACUAGAUGAGCUCGCCGGGGCCGUCACCGACUGAUCUGAAGGUCUUGUAUCUAUUCGGUGUAUUAUUUGUACAUAAUAUAAAUGGAAUAAAUUCUUGUCUGAGA